AUGGUAGAGGUUGGAGUCCUGAUCUACCAGAUGAUAGCCGCACUGAUAACGGCAAAAAUGUUUUCUGUGGCGGACUCUGUCCUCCUAUCCGUAGACACAGUGUUGGGCGUACUAGCUCUGAUCUACACAAAAAUAGCGGAGAGCGCGUGGCGGGAAGAGCCUCCCCGAGCGGCGCGCCGUCGGCGAAGGCGUUCUCCAUCGCCGUCGCAGGACGAGGUAGUGACAGUGUCCGAGCCCACAGCAGUAUCUUCGCAACAGAUCCGGAGGUCUCUGGAAGCCGUGCCUGGUCCCAGCGCCGUGGCAGGACCAAGCGGCGUACCCCGGCCGAGCAGGGCUGCCGAGCAGCACGCCAUGGACUACAUUGACGCUGACAGCGACAGUCUGGAGGAGGUAGCAGCCAUCGUUGAGCUGCCUCCGCCUCGGCACGUCAUAACGCCCAGGCGCAAGAAGUCCAGCGUGCGUACCGCCGAAGUGACGGUGCACAGCCCUCCGCCGGACCUGCAAGACAUCGCCAUGAGUGCAGACACCGACGCGGCUCUCGGGCCGAUAGCGGGAGAGUCCACCUCAGAGCAUUCGCGCAGCUCUCCCUCCACAACUCUGAGCUCACCACGCCGUAAGCCUACAGCUGCAAGACGCAGUGAGACCAUUCUCGAAGUGGUUCCGCAGGGUCCAUCCACUUCAACUGCAGUGCCAGCAUCCAGCGAGCAGCCAUCAGCACCUGCGUCGCGGCAGGCAUCCUCCUCAACCGUAGAAGCAAAGUCUAGGAGGCCAAAAACAGAUACACCAGCACGGGCUUCAUCUCCUGUACCUGCACCCACAGCAGCAAGUUGCCCACUUGCAGAAGCAGAAUCGCCCAGAGAACGUCCUGUGUCCCCUGGCGAAAGUAAAACACCGCAGCAAACGCCAUCCGCUACUGCCGGGUCAUCCAGCGCCGAUGCGAAAACCGCAGAACAGCCGUCAGCAACGGACACACUAACUUCGUCGCCGUUACCGGGAGAUGAUGCAUCACAUUCGUCUCAGACCGAAGCUGACUCGGCGCAGGUUACAUCCGGAGCGGCAGGGAGCGGGACACUUCAGGCUGAAACUGAAACUACGGGAGAGCAGCCAGAUGUGGGAACUGAAGUUGCGACGGAGUAG